AUGGCGUCGGUUCCUGCUAUCGUGAAGCAGGAAAUCAUCAAUGUCAUUGCCAUACAUGGGAGGGAGACAGUUUACCAAUCCAGGUCUGAAGGAGCGACAAAAGAGCAACAGUAUGCCAUGCUGAACAACUCGUAUCAUGGAGCAGAGAACCAUAUGCCUCUUCUAGAGACAUUCCUUUAUGGGAGACCUCCUUACAACGUUGCUUUCACCAGCCAUGACAUUCAAAACAAUAGAGAGGGAAAUGACAUUAGGAAGAAUUUGCGCCAAGAAUUCAUGCUAGAGCUCAAGGACGUCCUACACUGUCAGACCGGACAGAGUUACAUGGUCCAUGAGAGAGGCUUUACCAAAGAAGCUCUCAUGUACUCCACAGGGACAAGACUCAUAGACGGUCGCAAUCUUACUGACCGCGCAGGAAAAGUUCAAGCAAACUACAAGCACGCUCACAGGUUCUUCCUCCAGUACAAUGACAACAACAAAGAACAAGACAAUCCAUCUGGGAAAAAGAUCGAAGAUAUGCUUCUCUAUGUUCGAAAGAAGAUGUUUGCGUUUCUAAAAGGAUGCAGGGAUACCAGCGGCUUAAAGAAUAAGAAAGAUCAGGGCAAGCUUUCCUUGUCUGCCCUCAAUCCCGACAAUGAAGGAAUCGAAAAGAAAGGAAGGAAAACAGCCAGAAAGGAAGAAGCCGAAGAAAAGAAAGCGCAACGUGAAGCAGGAAUUGGAGGGUACAUUCCUCCAGAGUAUGUGCGCGGUGUUCCCCUUCAAGCAAAGGCAAAUGCUGCUCUUAUGGAACAGAGGCAGUGGCAGGAAGAACGAACACAUGCCCGUGAUUCCUGGUUCAUUGCUAGUACUGAAUACAGUCAGUUGCGCAAGGAACUGCAAGAUGUUAAGAAAGAGAUCGCAGAUUGUGACAGUGGCGAUGACGAGGAGCUUGCUUCUUUAAAGCAAUGGAAAUCGGACGUUUUGGAACAGAUGGCAACUCUUCGCCAACACAAGAAAGUUCUGCAGAAGCGCAAUAGUGAGUUCCUUUUGGAUGACAAACGCCCAAAGAAGAAUGCCGUCACUGCUUUCAUGCAGCAAGUAGGGACGUUCAAUGGUCAAACAGUGGCAUCUGCUGCGAAAGUACCACAAACGGUGGAAGAACGCACCAAUAAAGAUGAUGCAAGCAGUCUGGGCCAGAACAGCGCACCAAGAAAAGAAGUUGCCAAUGCUAGAGAUAAUGGGAAAUUGCCUGAACCCGAACGUCUUUCCUACAAUGAAACCCCCACUUCCCAGCAAGCCAAAGGAGAUGUGAUCAAUCUGGAAGAUUCGCAGAGUCAGAAUGAAGGUUUGUCGAAUUCCACAAGGCGACUUCUGAAUUCCUGGUAA